AUGGGUUCACCACCACUAUUUGCAUUUCCUCCUAACCUAAACCCCAACGAGGCCAACCCGCCAUGGAUGAGCAAAGGCGACAACGCAUGGCAACUAACCGCGGCCACGCUAGUCGGCUUACAGAGCGUGCCGGGGCUUAUUAUCUUAUACGGUGGCGCUGUGAAGAAGAAAUGGGCUGUGAAUUCAGCUUUCAUGGCGCUAUAUGCUUUUGCAUGCGUUCUUGUUUGUUGGGUUUGCUGGGGAUACAGACUCUCUUUCGGGGAUGAACUGAUCCCCGUUUGGGGCAAGAUUAAUGUGGCAUUAUCUCAACAUUAUUUACUUGAACAAGGAUUUGCUGGCAAGUUUCCAAAUGCAACAAUGGUGUUUUUCCAGUUUGUUUUCGCAGCAAUUACGUUGAUUUUAAUUGCUGGUGCUGUGCUGGGAAGAAUGAAUUUCUAUGCGUGGAUGCUGUUUGUUCCUCUGUGGCUUACUUUUUCUUACACCAUUGGAGCUUAUACUAUUUGGUCUCUUAAUGGGUGGCUGGCGGUGAAGGGGAUGAUAGAUUAUUCCGGCGGUUAUGUUAUCCAUCUGUCCUCUGGAGUUGCUGGUUUCACAGCUGCAUAUUGGGUUGGUCCUCGUUUGGCAAAGGACAGGGAAAGAUUUCCACCGAACAACAUCCUGCUAAUGUUGGCUGGGGCAGGACUACUGUGGAUGGGGUGGACUGGAUUCAACGGAGGAGACCCUUAUGCUGCUAAUAUUGAUGCAUCCUUGGCUGUUUUAAACACUCAUGUUUGUGCUGCUACAAGUUUAUUAACCUGGCUCAUUCUUGAUGUUCUGGUUUUUGGAAAAGCUUCCGUAAUUGGAGCUGUUCAAGGCAUGAUCACUGGUUUAGUUUGCAUCACUCCAGCUGCAGGUGUCGUACAUGGAUGGGCAGCCAUAAUAAUGGGAAUUUGCUCGGGCUCAAUUCCAUGGUUCACAAUGAUGGUGGUGCACAAGAAAUCCGAGCUGCUUCAAAAAGUGGACGACACGAUGGCGGUGUUCCACACGCAUGCCGUUGCAGGAACCCUCGGAGGACUUCUCACCGGUUUAUUUGCAAACCCCAAACUAUGCAGAUUGUUCUAUGGAAAGUCUGGCCAAUAUGUUGGCCUAUUCUAUGGCUUCCACAUGAAAGACUACCACAAUGGUUUCAGACAAAUAGGACUUCAAAUUCUUGGGGUGGCGUUUGUAAUUGUUGUUAACAUUAUCAGUACAAGCCUAAUAUGUUUUCUAGUAGGACUCUUCGUGCCUUUAAGGAUGUCCGAGGAAGACAUGGAGGUUGGGGACGAAGCUGCUCAUGGCGAGGAAGCUUAUGCCAUUUGGGGCCAAGGCGAAAGGAGUGAGAAUUCACGGUUCUCAACCUAUAACGAUAUGGAAAUCGGGGAAGCUAUGUCCAAUGGUCAGGUUGAAAUGGCAUCGACAAUGUCUUAG